AUGAAUUGGCUCAGUGUCUUCGUCCUGCUGACCGUGACCGGGCUGGUGCACGGGACAUGGGACACCUGCGGAUGGACUUGCGGCCUCCGACCCAUGGUGUCUGACUCCAUACCUCAUGAUGACAGCAUGACACGCGUCGUGGGUGGUGCAGAUGCUAAGCCAGGGGCAUGGCCAUGGAUGGUCAGCAUCCAACACCCCUGGAUGCCACGCCUGAAACAUCUGUGUGGAGGGUCCCUCGUCAGUGCAGAGUGGGUCCUCACAGCAGCCCACUGCUUUAACAGGAUCGAGGAAAUUGGCAUCUUGAAUUUGGUGAUUGGGGCCACCCAGUUGACUCAGCCGGGCCCUGGGGCACAAGUGCGCAAGAUUAAGAAGCUAUUUCGUCACGAAAAAUAUAACAGAAAUGAUAAAAGUAAUGAUAUUGCCUUACUAGAACUGAAUGAGCCUGUCCAGUGCAGCCCUUACAUCCAGUUGGCCUGUGUGGCUGACCCCACCAUAAGAGUCUCAGAGCUGCAAAACUGCUGGGUUGCUGGUUGGGGUUUAACCUCAGAAGAAGAUACAGACUCAAGUGAUCACCUGCAGGAGGCCAAGGUCCAGCUCAUCGAUCUCCAGCUCUGCAACAGCACUGGCUGGAAUGCAGGGGAAAUCCACACCCACAACUUGUGUGCUGGUUACCCAGAGGGCGGCGUCGGCACCUGCAAGGGUGACAGUGGUGGUCCUCUCAUGUGCCAGGACAACAACGCUGCCUACUGGUGGGUCAUUGGAAUAACCACCGGGGGAAGAGGCUGCGCCAGAGCAAACCUGCCUGCAGUCUACACCUCCACUCAGCACUUCUAUGACUGGAUUCUUGCCCAGAUGGGGCUGAGCCCAUUUGGAAGUGCUUCCUGAACCACAAGAUGGGCAGAAUCCAAAGCACAUUGCAGUGCACAACAAGUAUUUUCUGCUGGGGAAAUGCAAAGGCAGCCUCAGGGUCAAAACCCUGCUCUAUCCUGACCACAUUCCUGUGUGCACACAGACACUGGAGAUUACUUAGGUGUUGAAGUAAAGUGCCUCUGGUCACAGGGAACCCUCUUAUCAGUGCAAUUCCAACUGCUGGGCAAAGUAAGGUCUGCCACAACUGGCAACUGCGGAAUGAGCGUGAGGGCAGAUGUGCCAGGCACAAAGAGACAGUAGCUCCAAAGAGCCACUCACAGCCAGAGUGCCUGGCCAGAGAGGACAGUGCUCUGAGCCACCACGGCCUGGA